GGCAGUGACGCGCACGAGAGUGGCCAAUGCCUUCCUCUCGUUCUGCUCGUAGGUUCGUGCAGCUGCUAGCGGGUCAGCUCGCUACAGCUCGUCGAAUUGAUGAAAAGGAGAAAUUACAAGAAACAUUUGUAGCUGCUGUGACGGACUUGCCAGAAGGACCUUUGAAAACUUCAUUGCUUUCUGACAUCAAGAGACAUGCGGAACAACUUAUAGUACAUGUAGCCAAAGAGGUGAAGCUGAGACAGUCAACAGCAGCUGACUUUUCAUCUUCAAAGACUCCGUUGUACAAUAUUCUAGUAGAUGGUGGUAUUCAAUCUUGUUUAAGGUCGUGGGACAGUAAAGAUCCUGAAACAAGGAUGGCACUUGGUAGAGAAGUCUUAGCAAGCAGUUUAAUGAGUGAAGAGCUGCAGUUAGUUCUAGAUGAGCUACUCAAGUAUGAAGAUAAUAUGGCUUCUGUGAUUGUGGCUGCUGGUCAUCUCGACUUUUGCAAGCGUGUAUUGUUGGGAUUGUCAUCACUAGAGUCUAUUAAUGUUGUACUAAGGAAAGCACUACAAUUGCUAUCUGAGAUAGCCGACACCAGUGAAGAUGGAGAAGAUACAUGGCUUGUUCUGUACACUGCACUGUAUGAAUUGCUGACUCAGAUUAGCUUCAAAAUGUCAUCUCUUCAUUUCAAGAGUCCAGACUACCUGCCAGCGUACCAUGAUAUUGUUGCAGCUCUACUUUCUCAUCUCCUUGACGUUGUGGCAGCUGUUUCAAGACAGUGGGAUGUGAAUGUACAGAAGGAAGAGCAAGGGAAAGUGUCCUCUCUAGCUAUUCGAUGUUGUGUUAACUCACUACCUCACUUAUCCGAUGUCAUUCUUCAAACGUCAUUCUUGUCAUGUUUUGAGACUGCUAGUGUAAUGUCAUCAAUCUAUCAAGUUUUGAUUUCUCAUGUUCCUAAUCCAGUAACAGUACAGGAGUACAUAAAAUUUGUGGCUGCUCUUCGACAUGUAAAUAAAACUUACCAGUUGAAAGCUGGGGAUGGUGAUGCAGUCAGUAAUCUAGCAAAGGUUGCUGCUGCUUUGUCGGUUCCUCAAAAAAUGAGACAAGUCUUGGAGCAGGCAGAGAAGCGGUUAAGCAAACCGUGUCAUGCAUUGUCAGACACGGAACUCACAUCUCAUCUGCUAAAUUCUACUGACGAUGAUGAUAUUGAACUGUUGCUUGAUCUUGUUAUGGAAUCACCGCUGGAUGAACAAAGACAGGACAAGAUGAACUUAUCACUAGAAGCGAUAGGAGCUGGUAGCGCUGACAGUAACGAUUCUGAUGGUGGCUCCAGGCAUGAGAGUCAGACGUUUUUUGUGGAUUCAGUUGGAGAUCCUAAACUUGCAGUUGACUAUGAUGACAGUGAUGAUAAGUCAUCCCACUUUUCUGAGAAUGAAGGAGAUGAGCUGCUAACUACAAUUGCAGAUGCUGACGAGUCAGAAGUGUUAAUAAGCAAAGAGGUUGAAUUAUCACAAGCAGAGAGCUGUACUAACAGAGUGGUGACCCGUGGGCAAAAAAGAGACAGGAAAAGAAUAAGGGAUGCAGAUGUGUCUGGUGAUAUGAGAAGGCCAACUACAACUGGCACAAGCUCCUUGUCUAGUCGAAUUAAGAAGAGAAAAAGGAAAGAGACAACAACAGUCAACGACUCUACCAUGUGAUACUGUUAGUUUAAGUUAACGGAACUUCAGAUCGGUUAUAUAUUGUACAUGUCAUCAGUGGUAUAUUCUGGCAACAUGUACAUUGUCUUCUUGCAGACUACCUAAUGUGGAAUUUUUUAUCACACGUCGUUAGAGUCAAUGUAUCAGUUUGCUUUUGAAGUCAAAAAUUUAAAAAUCAAGACCUUGGCUUAUAGCUAUUGCCUUCAACUACUGGAAACGGUGAAUAAUAGAAUUCAUCGAAAACACAAACUAAGUAUGGAACUUGGAAUUUAAGACUUGAAC